CUCGAAUUCGACCGAACGAGCGACUUGACAGAUGAUGUGGCCUAACGUCUCGUGAACUUUUAUGAAAAUCUAUUUAGAAUGCGAAAAUGAUUAUGUUAAAAUUUAUUUUAUUUAUGUUACUUGUGGCGCUUUACCACUGUCGAUUGCCUGACAAAGUUCUUUGUGUUGAUGAUAAAUGUACAGAUCCUAUAUCAAAAGCUCAAACACUUCUAAAUGUAAAUACUGGUGAUCCGGACCUUAUGUCCUUCCCUGCUAAAGCUGAAGCAUUGGUGUAUAUGAAAUCCGCUGGUGAUAAUUCAGACAUCUGGUUUGCUAGUAUCAAUGGAAAAUAUGGAUUUGUCAACAAUAAAUUUCUGCGAGAAGUCAAAAUUUUGAAGAAAAAAUCUGACCUAGUAGUUGUUUCUUUAGAAUCUCUUACUUCACAGCCUAAUGUGAAGCCAAAUAAGGUGCAACAACCACAUGAAGUGAUAGAAGGAACUACAAUUUUUACUACAGAGGCAACACUCGAUGCAACAAUACCAGAAAGCUAUACUGAAACUCCAAAUCAAUUAAAUGAAAAUGAAACUCCAUCUAUAAAGAAAGCCUCUCUUGAAGUGCUGGUUCCACAAAAUGAAAUUGAUGAAAGUAAUAACAUCUCUGUUGAUACUAAUCUCAAUAAUAACUCUGACAGUUCUGGGCAACUAAAUAACAUAGAAACUACCAAUGAAAAUAAUGAGAGUGGUCUCAAGGUAGAUGAUACUGAACCCACAGAUGAAAAUCUAGUUAUUGUUGUAAAUGAAACAGCACAAAAUGAUUUAGUUGAUGAAACAUCUCCAGAUAAAAAUGAUGAAAUAGUUCAGAAUGAUGUUGCCAUGCUUCCUCCACUUGAAUCAGAUGUUAGAAGUACUAGUGAAAUGACACUGAAUUUAGUUGAUAAUACCAAUCAAAAAGAACAUUUGCAAAAACCUUUAUCGGAAUCUAAAGCCAUUGAACAACACGAACAAAAUACAUCAAAUGCUUUAACUAAUGAUAAUAACAGUUCGCACAUUCAAGAAUCUACUGAGACUAAUGUAAUUUCUGAAACAAACAAUAUUUUAAACUCUCCACAAACUGUCUCUGAUAAGACUGAAAGCAAUUUGGAUAAUUAUCGCAAAAUUGUUGAAAAUGUAAAUGGUAUAAAUUAUGAUAUUCCAACCUCUGAUGCUGACUUGCAUACUAAGCUAGAAUCAUCUUCACCACCACCCAACGAAGAAAUUAAAUCACCUUUAAGUGAAAAUGUCCCCACUACAAUACCUUUAAUAAAUAUUAUUCCAGUAAAGGAUGAUCAGGAGUUGCAAAAACUUGAACUGGAAGAAUCAAAUACACAUAAUGAAAUCAAUUCUAAUAUUCAAUCAUCAACAGAAUCAUCCUUAGAUACAACUACAAGCACACCAGAAACACAAAUAGAUGAUGCUAGUCCUGAACCAAAUUUUAUACCUGAUAGUAGUAGAGUUUAUCGCUACUCCACAGAAUCUCCACCUACAAGCACACCUGCAGAAACAAAUAUAUUAGAUGCGAGUCCUGAACCACACUUCAUACCGGAUAGUAGUCGAGUUUAUCAAUACUCAACUGAAGCUUCACCCUCGCAAGCACCACAAGAAAUGAAUAUGAUUGAUAAACUCGAUGAUGAAACAAUAGAAGUCGCAAAUAAUCAAGAAGAUUCACAUAAUUUGGUUGGUGAUAACUUACCAGAGCAAUUUACUGAGCAACCAAUUGACUCAAGUACUGGUGACUAUAGCCAAUCCAUCACUUCAAUUUUAAAUGAUAUUCCUGAGCCUACUACAGAAAAAUAUGUCGAAACACCUCAAGAUGAAAAUGUAGAAAUAGGAGACACAAAAAGCAUUCUUUCAGACAUAUACUCAAUAAUAUCAGGCCUCUGGCUUUCUAGCAGUGAACAUCCAACAACAGAAAGUUUGUUUAAUGCAGAAAAUAAAAUUAACAAAAAAGAGGAUAUUGAGGAAGGAUUCUCAUUCAUUAAAUUGAUCACUGCCCCUUUUACUAGCCCUUCUAAGGAAUCCAAAGCUAUUUUAGCUUCUGGAGGCCAAAGCUGUUAUUCUGAAGACUAUUGUGAUGGUACUUCAAAUGAGAAAAGCAAUAGGUUCCUAACCUUUCUUGGGACCACAGCUUUGUCUGUUCUGCUGUUCACACUAGGUUACUAUUACAUUGACAACAGAAGACAGGAUGGAAAACUUAUUGCUACUAUAAACACUCUACAACGGGACUUACUUUUUUCUAGUAAGGAGUGUGAGAUCCUUAAAGAGGAGCUUACUACUACUAAAUCGAAGCUUGCUGGCAUAGAAGACAGUUCUUUUGGCAAGGACGACAUGGUCCAAUCAUUGAAAGAAGAAAUUGAUGAAUUGAAAGCUCAGAAUGAACGAUUGAGAAAAUCAUUGGAUGACAAUGAGAAAUUGCUUAGGGUUUCAGAGAACACUGCUGGAGAACUGCAAAAUACCUUGAGUGAGGUUGAAAAUACUCUUAGUGAGCUCUUAGCUGAAAGAGCUAAUUAUGAAGAGCAAAUUGCGGAGUUAAAUGGAAAGAAUCAAGCUUAUGAGGAGGAAUUGAUAUCAGUGACUCGUGACCGAGACAAUUACCAGUUGAAGUUUGUAUCAGCUGAUACCGCAUUGGAUGAAGCUAAGAAGCAGACCAAAAAACUUGAUGAAAUCACACAGAAGUUGGCAGAUGCCAACAACACUAUUGAACUGCAGAGGCAUGAAAUUACUGCACUCAAGGAUGCAAUAAAGGAAUUGAAGAGUGGAGCCUCGUCCAAUGUGGAUGUUACCUCUUUCAUUGAUCACACUGAAAUAAAAGCCAAACUCUCAAAGGCCUUGCAAGAGAAGGAAUCUUUCGAGAAGAAAUUUGAGGUGGAGUACAAAGAACGCACACGCCUAUCUGAAGAACUUCAGGUAACGAAAGAAUCCCUGCAGACUACUGGCCAGCAAGCCACCGAUGCCUUGAACAGGCUCGAGGUUCUUGGGAAAUACUUCCAGGAUCGAGAAUCAGAGCUAAUGAAAGAACUCAGCACGAAAGAAACCUUGUGGCUGAGUAAACAAGGCGAAUCAGUUAGUACAGUGGAGAAAAUUGAAUUGUUGCAACAAGACCUUCAGAGAUAUAAGGAGAAAUGCGACGCUUUAUCGAUGGAAUUGGCCGAGCAAGAAUCGUUGCGUCGCACUGCGGUUAGCGAGGUCGAAGCUCGCGCUCACUCUGCCUGGUUAGAGGCGCGUUCGGCGAAACGUGAGGCCGAUGCUGCGCGCGACGAAGCGGCAACGUUGCGCCGCAAGCUGGCGUCUGUUGCUGCUGACGGGGCUGCAUCGCCGCACCAUAAAGUAUCGUCGCCGUUAGACAGUGCGGACGGGGCGGUUCCGCCGCUGCCGCCUAUGGCGUUUCUGCCGCCGCCACUGCUGCCGCCACUGCCGCGAGCGCCGCCGCCGCUGCUGCCGCUGCUGCCGCGACCGCCGCCAUUGGGGAGACUGCCUUCACCACACCCGCCGAGAUACAGCGAACGCCGCUACUCACCGGACAGCCGGUACUCGCCGGAGAGCCGCUACUCGCCCGAAAGCCGGUACUCGCCGGAAACGGUCCGGUACUCGCCGGACAGCCGGUACUCGCCGCGCGUCCAUCGUUCGCCCUACUCGCCGCGCUCGCGACGCAGAUCCAGAGAGAGGUACGAAGAAGGCCGUAGUUCGCGGACCAGAAACGGCCCGCCCAUGGACACGGAGACUGAAUAUAACUCGGACAGCCCCUCGAGGGAACCACGACGACGUCGUCGGUACUCAAGACACUCAGGUCCGAGUUCAGGGUCGGGAUGCUCAUCAGAAUCGGAUAAAUGAAAUUAAUUUUCAAUAGGUUUGUUAUGUUAAUAUUACGAUUAAGAAAUUUGAGGCCAAAACGAUAAGUGUCGGUGGAAUGUAACGAAUUGGUUAACUAUAAUGUCUGUCAAGAUUAAAUAUCGAAACUGGGUAUGUGGUAAGCUAAAUCGACAGCUGGUAUACUCUGAAUCAAUGUAAAUUUGAGAUAACAAUGUACUGUAAUAUGAAAAUAGAAAUACCUAGGGCACAUCAGAUUUGAACUCAUAUUGAUUACAAGACUGAAAUGAAAUAGUUUUCUUUAGCGAGGAUGCUCUAGCGCGGUCCACAUAGUAAGAAAAAUGGUUUCGUGGUAGCGUUACUAAACCAAAAUCCAAAAUGGCCGCUUACUAUCAUUUAGAGUAAAAAAAUAUGGCGUCAUAGUGCGAUAUCUCUAAACCGUCAGAGGCUGCAUGCAUAGCCAUAAAUAAACCAAAAAAAUAUAAUAAACUAAGCAUGUUAUCUAUUUUUACAUUGAGCCCGAUCACACAGAGUGAAGGAUGGCAAUGGAACUUAUAUAUCCUGUGUUAUCUCUGAAGGAGAAAAUCUACACACUAAAAGACAGCGCUUUUUGAUAUAAUUUAAGUAAUAAAGCGCGUUAUGAACAAUUAAUUUAAGCCAAAAACGACUAUAUUGUGCGUCUAGCAUGGUUGCCAUGCCAAUGCAACCUUUAAUUACGCGUUUUAAAUUAAACGGUAUCUUGUAAGUAUCUACGACUAGGACAGAAGGGGUUUCUACAUACAUAUUCACAAACUGAGAAACCAUAACACAUACAAAGCACUCUUGAGAUUUAAAAACAGUUUCUUAUAUAAAAGCCAUAUUUUAAUUUAGCUGAUCAAAUCUGCGUUUGUAUAAUUUACAUAGAUACAAUAGAAGAUCUUAGGCAUAAAAAUAGAUAACUAACGUGAAAACCGUAGAUUUUGUUUUGAAUCAAAUAUUCAACCUCUAAAUUGACAGCGUUUGUUUUGAUAGUAGUACAAAAUUAAUGAGUUUAGCAGGGUUCCCAGCGCGUAUUAUGCCCUACAAAAUCAAGAAAAACAAAUCAACAUUCAACAAAACCGUCUACACAAAACUUUGUUUCACUACACAUAUUUGUAUGCAUCAAUAUUUUUGCUUUCCGAGCCUGGUGGAAAACACGUGCACAAAUCACCUCGACGCGGGUCGAGGGGCACGGUUUUCUUUCAUCGGCCAUUAUUUUGACAAUUCUAUAGCGGGAACUACGUUCCAAACGUUCGUUCCUACGCUUCGAGUGUAACUUAAAGUUUCAAUUCUGACAUAAAAUGUAUGAAACUUUUGUCACACGAGCACUGUGUAUUUUGAGUACUACAGCCACGGCCACGCGAGCAGUAGACGGCGUGUGUAGAUUAACAUAAUUCAGAAACAAAGUUUCGCGUAUGUGUUUUGGUUUAAUGUUUACAAAAAUCUUUUUCUGGGGACCCGAUUUAACGAAAAUGUUCACCGCCAAACGUCAUAUUUUUGACAUACUUUGAGCCAAUCACCCCACAGAUAAGCAGACAUGUUAUGGUUUUAUAAUUUUUAUUGAUACUUAAUCAGUCUUGCCAUACCUAACUUUUAUAUGAUUUUUAUUUUAUGUUGUGAUUUUAUAGUUCUUAGUCCUUACGUAUAUUUACUUAUUUUAUUCAUAAAAUUAUGGCUCGUAACCGCUGGGGAACACUUGGUUUUGUUUACUCAUACAGAAUUUUCGCACCUAUACUACACACAUCAAAAAAGCUUUAGCAACAUGCAUCAUUUACGCAAACUGCAAGUUGGUUUAAUCAAAUUGGUUAUUAUUAAUAAAAAUUAAGUAUUAAAAAUAUUAAACAUCGGUCAAAAGUUCAAAAACGUUUAUGUUGCUGAGACUCUUUUGAUGAGUUAGAUAUAAAUCAAUUUGGGAUGUGUCAUUUGCUUUUUAAAGAGUUCCUUUCUACCAUUAGUAUCGAAUCCUAAUGAUUGAAAUUGUUUGACAUGUAUAUUGAAGAUCCUUUACAAAAAUCCUUAUUAUCCUUUUUUCUUUUUUUUUUAAAAGAUCAUAUUGAGCAUAGCUUUUUGGUAUCGAAAACAAGUUUUAAAAAAUAAUCUCAUGAAAAUGUUUUAUAAUUAACAAACAAAGCCUCAGUAUGGACGAAUCGUAAAUGAUAUUAAAUUAUUUAUUUUAUUUUCUUUUAGUUAUAAACUUUAAGAUGUGGUAAUCUAUCAUAAUAUACUGUUGAAGUCUAAUGAGUACGACAUUUUGUAAUCCUAUUUGUAAAACUAGAUAUAUAGUUGUGGUUUAAGAAGAAUACGAAUACCGUCUCACGGAAUGCAUUUAUUUAUUAAUUACCAAAAUUCAUAUUAAUCUAUCAUCAACAUCAUCAACUUUUCUAUCUUUGAUUUCAUAUGUAUGAUCAUUAUAUUACUUUAUUUAUUUAUUUCUUACGUACACAUACUUGUUGACUUAUUAUUCUACAUAAAUAUUUUCCUAUUUAUUUAUUAAUUGGUCUUCCACUAUUUUUGGCUAUAAUGUUUUUAAAUUUAAGUAAUAAAAAAGUAGCAUAAUAUUCUUUGACUCUAUCACUGCUCAAAGAGUUUGCAUACUGCCUUUGCUGUUUUCUCACUUAACCUUCACCGCCCAACAACUUCAUUCGAUUUACAUGCUUUAUCGCUAUACACUAUCAAUCUAUAAAUGAUAAUCAAAGCGUAGUUUUCUAUAUCGGCAGAUCUAUUACGGAUAUAUCAACGCGCCUGAGUAGCUAGUAUGGUUUUUGCACGACUUCGAAAAAGGAGUGUAGUAAAAUAUUAUAUUUUCAGGCUUCGUGUAUGUAUUUUGUAUUAAAUCACAAACUUUAUUGUUAUUCAAAACCAUUAAACGAAGGUGUCGGGCCCUCUCUCCUCCUCUCUUAAUUGCCAAAUUACUAUGGAGUUUGACAGUAAGACACGAUAAAAAACGUGUUAAAGUGUAUAUUGUGGUGCUCAUGCUACAGAGACUGGUCUUCUUUACGUUAUAAAGAAUUUUAGCGUCAUUGUGAACGACUAUAUUCGGUAGAAACUCGAUCGCAACUUGGUUGUAGCAAGUUGCAUAUAAUAUGUAUAUUUACAAAUAGAUCUGCCGAUAAAAAGUAAAUAUUUAAUAAAAAAUAUAUACAUAUAUUGUAAUACGUGACGAAACAGAGUUCACUGUAUGAGAGAAAUAACUCUUGGGUGCUAUGGAUUGGGUAUGGAAAACGAAAAUAAAUUAAAACUUAUUUAUAUAAGAUUGAAUAAAUUUAAGAUAUAAGGUUUUGUAUUACAACACCAGUCGGAUUCUUCCAUUUCUAAGUUGGUUUUCAUCUGUGCAAAUCGGGUUCCCUCUAUCUGGCUGAAUCUUGUUGUUCCGAAAUUUAUUUGGUAUAAUCUUCGUUAAACGAAUAUUUGUAAGGCAUGUUUUUUAUUAAGUAUAAUAUUAAUAGGCCGAAUGUUUAUAUGGCUGAAUUCACAAUAGCAUACUUUUGAGAUGGAAGAAUUUUAAUAAGCAUUACCUUUGGCAAAAUUUUAUUCUGCAUAAUUUCGCUAAGCAUGAUCGGUAUUUGUGGUCAGUGGGUUAGGUUAGGUUAGUGUUGGACCUAAUCUUAGCAAAGCGAGCGUGCAGCGGCCAGCAAUGCGCUAGUCCCCAUAGACAAUAGAUGAUGAUUAAUAAGAAAAGUUAAAUUUUUGUGUGCCAGAAGAAUACUGUGAACUUUCUGCGAUAUGAUAAUUCUGCUUUUUAAUUAUUGUGGAUAUUUAGUUUAUGCCAAAAGAUGAUUCUGGCUUCCUUAAUUAUGCGUUUGAAUGUUUGCUAAAUAAGUAAAUGCCAAAUGAUUUUCUGUAUGCUAUCCGCUGACAUGCAUAAUAAUAUAAUGACAUUAAAAGUUCUGGGUUACAAGCUAGAUCCGUGGAAAUCACCUCGUCAAACUAUUUCAUAAGGCACAUUAAAUCUUUGUAAUUGUUUUAUAAUAGAUGAGUAACUACUAUGUUAAGGAAUAAAAACGAGGGAUAAAGUAAAGUGAAGAUCACUAAGCUAUGAUAAUCGCAAUUAAUGAUGUUGUGCAUUUGAUUACAAUGGCUGAAUCAGAUGUUUGUUAUUCAUAAAAAUAUCCUUUUAAAUUGCCAUCCUAAGAUAUGCAAAACCAGCUGUUUAUACACUACAUUUAUUGCAAUGUUUAAUUUAUUGACCAUUGUUGUUUAUUAGUCACUCAAUUGUAUUAUAUUAGAUAUGAUUUUAAAAUAAAUAAAUAAUUUUAUCUAUAC